AUGGUCAACUCCUGUUGCGGUUCCGUCUGCUCUGACCUGAGCUGUGGCCAAGGCCUCUGUCAAGAGACCUGCUGCGCUCCCAGCUGUUGCCCCCAGAGCACCUGCUGCAGUCCCAGCUGCGGUGUGUCCAGUUGCUGCCGCCCUUCCUGCAGCCAGUCUAGUUGCUGUCGCCCCAUAUGCUGCCAAACCACUUGUUGCCGCACAACUUGCUGCCGCCCCACCUGCUGCCAGACCACGUGUUGCGGCCCCACCCGCUGCCAAACUACUUGCUGUCGCGCAAUUUGCUGCCGCCCCAGCUGCUGCCAGCCUUGCUGCCGCCCCACGUGUUGUCGUCCAGUCUGCUGCCAGACCACGUGCUGCCUCCCCACCUGUUGCCAGACUACCUGCUGUAGAACCACUUGCUGCCGCCCAACCUGUUGCUGA